AUGUCGAGGAACUUCAAACUAAGGUUCAAGUUCCAGUUCAUGAAGCUGAAGAUCAACUCGAUCAAUCAAUAUCAUGCAACAAGUUCCACGACUGCUCUAGUAGUAGAGAAAUUGCCAGAUUCAUUUAUCGAGUUCCUGUGUGCACUACAACAUUCAUUCAUCAAUUUAUCAAUGACAUCGACAAAGGAACUCAGAGAAGGUUGGUUCUUGAAAGGAACAACCAGUCAGAAAGUAUUUGAUCUUGAUCUAAUCCAACCCUCUGUAUUCCAAGCAACACUGGCUGAGAGGAUUCCUCAUGAAGGGUUAUCUGUUUAUGCCUUAUUACGGAAGAAACUUUUGGGUUUUGAUAGAGCCUUAAGGAGUUGUUGGGCAAUCUCCACAAUUGCUGUUGUGGAAGGGAUCAACCAGAUUGUUACCGGGGAGUUGUUGUCGUUGUCUGAGCAAGAGCUCGUAGAUUGUGACACAUCUUACAACUCUGGAUGUGAUGGUGGACUUAUGGAUUACGCAUAUGAUUUCAUCAUUAACAAUGGUGGCAUAGAUACCGAUGCAGACUAUCUUUACACAGCAAAAGACGGAAAAUGUAAUUAG